AUGCCGUCAUCUCGCGAACAGACAGAUAAGCCUCGAUUCCUGGCAGCUUUUGGCGGAAAAUGGGCUGGGAGACAUACCGAGUCGAGGGACGGCUCUUCGCAGACUUCGAUUGAACAACAGGCACGCCCUGCCCAGCUUCAACAUGAACCCCCCGAGGCAGGACCCAGCCAUUCAACUCAAGUUGAAUCCUUAACUGCAACGUUUACCUUAACGCCAGGUACCAGCUCGACACCGGCCGUUACAGUGACGCCAUCUACAACAUUAACACCGGGUGUGUCACCGAGACCAGAAGAAUCUUCGACUGCGCCAGGAUUCUCAAGUCCAGCAGAUUCCUUGGCCGUAGCUACGAAUCCAGGCUUUCAAGUUCUGUCAUCUCAGAAUCCACGCUCCGAAAAAAUCAAGUACCCUGGGCACGUUGCAUCCUGUCCCGUGUGCAGCAAACCAUACACCCAUACUACUACAACAUGGCCCAGAUGGCUCAACUCUGAGCAGCGAGUCUACAUUCCUUGUGGCCAUGCUUUUGGUUCACCAUGUAUAAAGAAAAUCCUCGACGGCUUAGCUAUUGAUGGGCGCAAUCAUCGAUGUCCCAUGGGUUCAUGUGCUUCCAUCAUACAUGAAUGCUCCCAUAUCACCAUCCCAACACUGACCUCUCCUCCAGAGCCCUUACCGGUCGAAGGACCUCAUCUUUUACCGACAGAUUGUGAAUACUGCCAGACUAUUGAAUCAAGAAAGCUGCAGCGGUUAUUAUACCGACACCACGCCAAUAUAAGAACUGCGGAGGAGAAGCUGCGGACCAUGCCAAAGACAAAUCCUUUCGUGCGCCUGGUAUGGAGAGUUCAAAACAAAUGGCAUAACUGGAAAUUUGACAGGAUCACCCGAAAGAUUGAAAUCCAAUAUCAAAGCUAUCGCAGUCGCAGAUUUGACGAAAUCGCCAGACAGCGGAUGCUCUGGGAGCAGGCUUACGUAUGGCCUGACACAAAUAUGUCACCGGAUGACCUCGAAACAAUCAGAAGAGGUCUUGCCUUCCGUCCAGAUGAUGAUCUCCCUGAUAUUAUUGUCAGAGAUCCCCAAACCCUUCCCCUGCGUCGUCCUGGAGGGUUACCCGACAUAGCGGAGGAAUCCGGCCCGGCUGAAGAGAACAUCGAAGUGAUUCAGGAGGAUAAGGAGAAGGGGAAAGAGAAUGUUGAGGCAAUUAAGCAGGACAAAGGGGAGGGGAAAGAGAACGUUGAGGUAAUUAAGGAGGACAAAGGGAAGGGGAAAGAGAACAUCGAGGCGAUCAAGGAUAAAAAGGGAAAGGGGAAGGCGACAACCAACCAUCCUGAGAAUCGUUCCAUGGCUGAUUACAUCGCUUCGAAUUCGUGGAACCUUCCGCCGGAGUCCAAUGCUUCCUCUAAAACACCCGCACCGUCGCAGAUACCGAAAAGGGUGAGGUUCGCUGACCCACCGCCAGAGGCCAUCCAAGCAGUGAAAAGCCCAGAAUCAAGUAGCAGGAUUGGUUCCCUUGGUGGAAUUCUGAUGAACAACAGUCCUGCGUCAGGUCGAAAUAGCAUAGCAGCGAAGAGAGUCGACUCUGCUGCUAAGGCUGCGCUACCUGUCGAUUCCAAACCAUCCCCUAAACGCGCUGCGGAAUCCUUUGCAAAAUCCUUUUCGGAAUCCUCUGUGAAGUCCAACUCUUCGCGCAUUGCGGACGGUGGAAUACAUGCGGGCUACAUCAAUCGCAGACUGAACAUUGGCCACGAGGUUCUCAACCACGACGAGGAAGUUGGAGACUCGAAGAUCCCUGAUGCCAAGGAACCUGGCUCAUCAUCCCAAUGA